AUCGGAUACUGGACCAUUCUGCUGCUUACAGUAUGCUGCGUUAAUCACGCACCCUGCAACACACAAGGAACACACGCCACAUGGUCAGAGGAAGUUUCAUUCAUCAGCGGCAUCUACCGUGAUACGUCCGCCGCGUGGGAUUAGCCGAGCGGUCUGAGGGGCUGCAAUCAUGGACAGUGUGGCUGAUCCUGGCGGAGGUUCGAGUCCUCCCUUGCCAUGGACUAUUGAGGCGUCGUCCAAUGAGUACCUCCACUGAAGAACAAUCGCACCCACGAUGGAUCAACUCCGACUUCUUGCAGGCUGCUCUGGAACAGGAAGAACCUCCGGGAGUCAUAAUAGAAUCGAUAAGUGUUGAAAAUGCGUGCCCAGAAGGUUCUGGCUAUAUCAGCCGCAUCUUCAGAGUGGCUGUCUGCACCAGGGUCAAAGGAACGUCCGAGCGUGCAGAGAGACGCCUGAUAGUGAAGUGCUCUGCCGACGUAGGGCUGGUGAAGGCCGAAGCGGACAAGGCAGGAGUGUUCAGGGUGGAGUCCCUGGCACUGGGCAGCGUGAUGCCGGAGGUCCACAGGAUCCUGGCAGCUGUCGAAGGGAGCGCUUACCGCCCCCUGGCUGCGCACUGCCUCCGCUGCGGCGACCUGCCGGCGGACUUCCUGGUGCUCGAAGACCUGGCCGCCGCGGACUUCGUGAUGGCGGAAGCGGGCCGCCCGGCGGAUUACGACCACUGUGCAGCCGUGCUGAAGGCCUACGCACGUCUCCACGCCGCUUCGGCGAGGGUCCUCAGAGAUCGCGCCGACUGCAGAGAACGUCUGAGGGCAGACCCACUGGCCAACGUGCGGGAUUACGUGCUGCUGCUGACGGGAGGCACAUUCAGGGCUCUGGCGGACCAACUGAGAGCGUAUCCCGAGUACUCCAAGUACGCCGACAGGUACUUACAAAUCAGGGAGGAUACAGUGGAUCGAGUAUUGGAGGAGCGGAGCAAUAAAGACGUCCACCUGCUGGUAAUGCUCCACGGAGACUGCUGGAUGAACAAUAUCAUGUUCAAGUACGACGCUGGGAAAGUAGCUGAUCUUAGGUUCGUCGACUUUCAGCUGUCGACGACGGGCAGCCCCGCUGUGGACGUGCAGAACUUCCUGUACGGCAGCGCCAGCGAGGAGGUGCACCGGAGGCAGCUGGCCGGCCUGCUGUCGCUGUACCACGGCGAGCUGCAGAGCACGCUGCGCGCCCUCGGUCUGGCCGCCGAAGCGGACGCCUACCCGCUGGACAAGUUUCUCGAGGACAUGGAACGAGCCGCUCCAGUCGGUCUCUUAUACAGCACCUUCAACGUCGUCUACCUCUCUUCAGGGCCCCUGGCAUCUGAAAUCAACAAGUUUUUAAACGAUAAUAAGUACUCGGGACAACUUUUUGCGAAGGCUUAUGAAAACCCGUACUCUCUCUCCUUUCUCAAAUACCUGACACCCUUGUUCGAAAAGAAAGGGUUGCUGUGACGAGAGGAGGAGAUUGUUUUUCCCUGUUUUACUAUAAUGUCAGCUCAGAUAAAAUUCUCAAACCGCUUUCACAUCUCUGUCUAAACUUUAGGUCUGUAGACUUCUUUUCUUUUCUACCUGCCCCUCCCUAGGCGAGAUGGUUGAAGCACUCCUGUGCACUGUUGCUCGGCUCAGAAUCCUAUUUUGAAUCCAGGUGAUGAAAGCAUUUUCCACCAGCAGCAGUAUUUUGCCGGCAAGGCGAAGGGAGAUGGUGGCGUCAAAUUCCUGAUCCCCCAAAUCUAUUGUCGACCUCCUCCGUUUGAUGCAAGGAGUGAGGACAAGCGACACUGCUGAUGGUGAUCCAUCUGUCAGUAGGGUUCGUUAAGCUGCUUGAGACCAGUAGUCUAUGUCCCAGCACUGGGUUUCUUCCUUCUCUUUCUCUCGCCGUCGUACAAUACGAACACGAUACGUCAACAAAGCAAAUGAAGGAACUAACAUGGGCAUGUGCCCACGUGCAGCCACGCUUCAGUAGCAACGAGGGUGCAUCGGUGUCUCACAUGGCAAGCGGGAAAAGUGAUCGCUGAAAAUGUCUACGUGGGCAGCUGGAGCAGCUUAGAGCUAACGUCACGAAAUUUAGUGACGAUGAGAAGGAGCACUAAAUGACAGUGUACGCGCAAAACGUGACGGUACGUACAGGGGAAAUGUUAAACUCGAGUGAGUGGCCUGUGUACACAUUACUGCAGGACAGGCAAUCCUGACCGGAUGAGAUUCACUUAUGUGCUACGGAGAAGAAGAAGCAAAACGCACACAAUAGAUAUUCUGCUCACCAUUUGGAUGAUCGUCUUAUGAGGCAGCAAUUUGUGAGACAUUAUGAACAACAUAGUCAGUACCUUAUCGGACACAACUGGACUACAGGGCUAACAAAGAAUAAACGGUUACCUUCACAAAAUAGUUUUGAGAAACCACUUUGUUACAAUUAUAGACAAGUAUUAUCUUUAAUUACUCCGAAUUUUAAAAGAAUUUAUAAAUGAGAGCUAUCUUCUAUACACAUGAUCUAAUCAGUCGCUUCUAAAUGGUUACAGUGUACCUAGACUGAGAUCUAGCCACAUACUGGCAAUCAGCAUCCGAAGACGCAAAAACACAGUAUAGAUUGGUGGUUAAUCAUUUCCUACCUGCUUAUCCUUGUUCUUCCGAAGUGUAGUUUGUGUCAUUACAGUACACACAGUUAAGACAGAGGCAGGUAUUUGUGAUUACUAUAAUAAUUUAAUUAUUACUCUUGGUGUCAAAGCUAAGAUAGUGAAUUUACCAAAGAUCGUAUUUUUGGUUAGUUAAUAAUGUGCACAUUUACCACUGCUUUUAUUAGUUACCACUGGUGCUGUACUGAAAUAAUGCAAGACAAUGAAACCACUGUCUCUGUUAUGGAGUCUCACUAAAUCAUUAACUGGUGUUUUUGUUAUCUGAAUAAGUGGUUGCAUGGAAAUAUUGCUCCUUACUUAAUUAGAAGAGAUCAGAGGCAUUUUUCUGCUGCUUGGCUGAAGACCUAUAAUAUCCAUAUGAUUUUGAUACAAAAUGCACACAGUUGCAUUAGCUCUGCAGCAGUGUUAAUAAUCACUUAUUUUAGAGAUAACUAAGCAAUCUUUCAAGUUCUUUACAUAUACAAACAACUAAGAAAAGUAAAAAGAUUUUCUGGACGUUAUUUAGUAAUUAACGAACAUUUUCAGCAUGAUUUAUGUUCUUCAGGCUUGCUAAAAGGUAUUCUCUCACCUUCUCACAUACUAUGACCCAUAUAAUUAAUGAAUCACUUGCCUUUUUGUAGUCGUGAUCGACGAAACAAAUACUCAAAGUAGUCGCUCUUAACAGUGAAUUCAUAUAAAAACGAUCAGGAAGGAGAAAACAGGUUAUCUAUCGUCUUGGAGUACCAUUACAUGCAUUUAUAAUCCUCUCCUGUGUGUGAUGUAGAUAGUUUAUUGCAGCCUUGUAAAUAAUAUUCAGAGCAGAUAUGCUCCACGAUACCUCAGCUCUAAUAUUAUUCUUGUCUUAUGUUGUAGAUUAGCCGUACUUUUAGGACAAUGCAAGCCACAAUACAUUUCACUAGAAAACAUCAACUUCAGGUACGACAUAAAAUCGUAGAGAACGCCUCAGUCUUUUACUGAGAUGAUACAACUCACUACAUACCACUUUCGCUGUGCUCAGACUAUUAAUGGCUCACAGUUCUGACUUUCCAUUAUGAUCACACUCACUAGGUCUUACGUCAUUGACAGCAUGAUGCAUACUGUGUCUUUGUCUCUCUUGUUCUCUGGUGCACACGUUAACUUUCCCAUAUUCCAUGUCAUCAGUACUUCCGCACAUCAGAGAUACUUAAAAAUCGGUGUUAUUUGGUGUGAGGGUGUACAUCAGUCUGUACAUUAUAAUUUCCUUUCAUGUGUCGCUAUACAGUUUUUACUGUUACAGUGCGAUACUAAAAGAAUUCACAUCACACGAUAUAUUGCAAUAAAAAAAUUGUCUAAUUUACACAAGAAACACAAAAGGACAUAUCGUUUAACAGUUUGAAUGGACAAUUUGUGUAUAUCCGUCAGAAAAUGUUGAUACUUAAGAUUUCGCUGAAACUGAGUCGAAAGCUUUCUUUCAAAAUGUACCAGUUUCAAUUAAAAAAGUAAUUCACACUACUUGCCCAAUACUGCAAUUUUGCUCACAACCAGGAAGUUCCCACUGUUGUGUAUCCAGUCAUAAACCUAGCUUGUUUCAUUGCUUGAUUAAAAUCAACUGUUGGUUUUUUAUGUGACUGCUAAUGAGUACAAUUUUCUUAUUAUUUUCUAAAUCCUCUCUCGUGAAAUAGAGUAAUUAGAACACUGCUCCCAGUUGCUGGAAAAGAUGUCCUCUAUGGAUGUCCUGGGAACCGUUUUACACGCGACUUUCGUAUUAAUUUUACACCAAGUUUAACCAUUAGUACGGAAACUCUAACAUCCUCUGGUGUCUUUCCCGUCUUCAUACCAUAAAUAACUGUAUAGUUCUCGUCUGGCAUUACUUCUAAAACGUUGUCGUUACUAACGAUUUGUGAACUCUUCGUUCUAUAGACUUUUACUAAAAUUUUAAAGAAAAGUUGGGAAUGCUUGUGCAGAUAUUAUUAACUUUUAAUAAACUGCUGUCUUUUGUAACUUUUUUUAUUCACCUUAAAUUGCUGAACCAGGUCCUACCAGUAGCUACAGUGUGUUCUACAAUUAACUGAUAAAGAGAUUUGCAUUUCAGAAAUUUGUACCAACAGGCUAGUCAUACUGAUUUGAUAGAAUGAAAAAUACUUACUACUGCCAUUAAUGUGUGUGUACUUAGUUUGUAUUUCAAAAUAAAUUCCAUAUCAUUCAAUAAUUCAAAUUGUAUCAAAAGUAGGAUGAGUACUCCUCAUUCUCUCCUGCACUCUUAUUUCCUACAUCAACAGCCCAACUCACAGUAACAGUAUAGUUUGUCUCUCACUACCUCAGCUGCAAUGCACAUUUGAAUACACUCCCUGCUAAAGUUCAGUUAAUUUUUCCCACUACUUUCAUAAGAAACGAUAUGCAGCUGACAAAUGUAGUUAAUUAGAAAAUUAUAUGAAAGUCGAUCCUGGAACGGUCUCCAGAUCAAAGGAGUGUCAGUCAUCUUCUUUGUAACAAACUUGUAUAUUGGUUGUAAGAACGAUCCUUCUUUGACCUGAUUCUGCAUUAUGGGGGAGGGGAGGGGGGGCGUUUUGUCGUCUGUAGGUGAUUCAAGCAUGACAGCCUUGUUGUCAAAUCAUUUGACAAUGGUAAUUUGCCCAUUGCCUUACACACAUUGGUCAAUAGCACUAUGACCUUUUUCUUACCAUUUCAGCAUCAGCAAGAGGCCCACUUUUUUGGAACACUGCUUACUUGGAUAACAUUCAUCUAACUGAAGGCCUUCAAGUAACCCUUCCGAAGCAAAAUAACUCCAAGUACACCUUGAAUCCUUGAGGCAGUGAUAUGGUAUGUCUCAUUAUCAUUUUCCCACCAACAUGGAGGUAAUCACAGCCCUCUGUGGUGGUGUGAUCGUUUCUUCCAUACACAAAUAUGUCGAAAGGCAACCGACACAGAGAGGCAAAAAAUUUCUUGAGACCACAUGGGUUUAGUUUACCGCUCACAUUUUGAAUUGUUCGUCAGUCUAAACAGCCAGCCCUAAUUGUCUGCACCAGAGAACGAAUCUUCUAAAAUUAUCUAUGUUUAUAUCUUCUGCUGCCACAGUUUCUUCUACCGUUUAGUGAGUUCCGUAUUGAGGAGAAACUGUUUCUUGACGUAUUUUCGGCAACUUUAGUCGCACUUGUGGCACCUGCCCCGUACUAAUGUAUUGUGGGAUACCCUUAGUGUCACACUGUGUAGUGAUUCGAGAAUUUCUGCGUAAAUUCUAGAACCACUCGGCCUCCUACGAUCUCGAACACACGAUAUUUUAAACAUGAGUGCGAGAAAGUGGAAUCCUACCUACCGCGCGUCACAUGUUUGUGUGUGCAGGUUGUAAAUGAGUCUCGAGCAGAAUGUAGACAUGGCGGUCGAACUGUACCGACAAGUACUUGUCGGUCGUUGCAUGGAAGUUUACUGAUAGUGGAGAGAAGAACCAUGGAGUGUUUAUGCUACUCUCUUCUAAUUGUGUUUUGACCAUUGUUGUAGUAACGUGAAUAGUUGAAAGAGAACCAUUAAAAACUUCUGCCUUAGCCUUGGCGAAGGGAAGACAAGUAUUCCGUUUCAUGUUGAGAAUGGACAAAGUUUUUAAGCCAACUUUCUCUCAUAUGUAACUUAAUUUGUUUCUAUUGCUUGGAGACACAAGAGGCUUACGAAACAGUAUUUAUUUAUGUGAAGUGUGGAAUUUGUAAAAUGUCAGACGUUAAAAUAUACGUCGUUCAUUGAAGCGAAUGAAACUUGGUAUGUCUUCUUAUUUUUAUAAGUACUAAGCGUCUUAAGAAAUUCCUGUACCGAGCAGCAUACUUCAGAGACGAAGUGAAAGAUAGUUUGCAGCAGCAGGCCAGCCAACAGGGAAGUUUGGCUAAACGUCUCAAGUAAGUCGUCUCGUAAAUGAAGUGGAAAUAUGCAAACAUUUCAACACUUUAAGUCGUCCAACUAUUAGAAAUGCGAUAGACGCACCAAAAGAUAUUCGCAUUUCUUGCGACCGAUUCGAACAUGAGCAAAUGAGCUCAGACAUAGUAAAAGUAAUAUACGAGGGUGUUAGAAAAUAUUUAUGUUGUUCCAUUUCUUUCCCUUGCCACAGAGAAGCAUCAAAUCGUAGACUGGACGGAAGAGGCUCAAAAACAUCAUCCGUAUGAUCCCACUUUUCGAACACUUGAAUCACUACCCUCUUCAGGUUCACUCGACAUUUGUUGUCCAACGCUAUUCACAGGUGGAGUAAGCGUCACAUCACAGUCAUUUUUGCUUAACCAGCCUUCUGCAUCGGAGAUACCACUGUCAGUUCACCAAGUUUCUUUUCAGAAUUUCUUCAGUAGCUACUGAAACAAAAUUACGAAAAUAUUAUUAAGUCAGAACACAAAUUGUUAGUGAAAAGUAACUCAAAUUGUUACGAGUACUUAAGGAAUAAAUGCACCCAUACAGUCCCAUUAUCUCAUAUAUGACACAUAAUUUCCUGUUAAUAAAAAACAUGCAAAUUUGGCAGAUACUAUUCAAACGCCUUAUAUAAUAAGUCUCCAUUAUUUUCCAAACAUAUUUGUAUGAAAUUGUAGGCAAUAAACACUGAAGUGCGAAAGACUCUGGUAUAGGAAUGCGUUUCCAGAUACAGAUAUACGUAAACAGGCAGAAUACGGCGCUGAGGCCGGCAACGCCUGUAUAUGACAACAAGUGUCUGGCGCAGUUGACAGAUCGGUUAGUGCUGCUACAAUGGCAGGUUAUCAAGAUUUACGUGAGUUUGAUUUAGACUCAUCUACGCCCUCACACACAGCAAAGGAGACCCAUCUCUCGUAAUUUUAGGUGUGGUGCCUAAGCGACAUCUGGAGCAUGAUGGCUGUGUUGGAAGUUCACAUAAGAGGUUCCAACAUUGCAGUGGGAGAGGUGUGACUAAUGUGUGUUCAGGUCUAUGAAUUCUGCUGGGACAGCCAAUUAAAAGAGGAGGAUGGCGUAAAGUGUAAACGGGAACGCGGGAGCACGGGGGAGUGAUUUCAUGUCCUUGUGUACUGGUAUUUAACUUGAAGUCCACAGCAAAUUGUGAUAAACAAGGUCUCAUAGUGACUACUGUUUUAGUCAGUAGUUUGAUGAAACUUCCUAUUUCAUCAGCUUGUCAGUAACAGCACCCACCUUUCACAUAUUCCGGUGCCACCCCUGGUCGGUAAAUGAAGUAUAUUAAGUUAUUCGUUGUGUGACACCUGUAGUCUGAGGGAAGUAAUCUCAUUAUCGCUCACCAUUUAUUUUUGCAUGUUUUUAUUAUGUCCCGUUUUAAUAUUUUUCUUGUUAUGCCUAUAUGAUUUUUUAAUUUAAUUAGAGCUACUUAGUCCUAAGAAUACCACGAUGUGUAAUCAUAAUCACACACUUAAAACAUUUUAUACAAGUAUAUAUUGCAUAACAGAAAUUCAAAUAUUGAAUGUAUUUGUUCUUGUCACUUUUAGUAUUUUUGUAUGCAAUUUUCUGUUUUUGAGAUCAGAGGAUUUCUCGUAAAUAAAAUGAAACCUAAAAUCAAUAAAGAAAAUCUGCGAUCUUGACGCAAGAUUUUUAUCUACACGUGGAUUACCAGUAAGGUCACCUUUCACGACUCUUAACGACAUCCACAGUGAUAUGUCGAUGUCUCGACAGUGACUUCACAUCAAAUAGACUUGUACCACAGUUUAUCUAAUUUCUCUAAUUUCCUUUGCAUUGUGAUUGUAGCAUGUUGACCAUAUUUGCUCAGAAAUGCCUAAAGUAAGAAAUAGAUUACAGCAGAGCCAGCCGCGGGCAAACGCGGAUGUUUUGCCUUGCAAAUCACAACAUAGCAUUCUCACUUUGCGAAUUGAGCCAACCAGGCGAGCAGUGGAAAUAAAAUAAACGUCUUGAGACUAGGGCCUCCCGUCGGGUAGACCGUUCGCCGGGUGCAAGUCUUUCGAUUUGACGCCACUUCGGCGACUUGCGCAUCGAUGGGGUGAAAUAAUGAUGAUUAGGACAACACAACACCCAGUCCCAGAUCAGAGAAAGUCUCCGAUCCAAGCGGAAAUCGAACCCUGGCCCUUAUGUGUGACAUUCUAUCACGCUGACCACUCAAAAUCACAGAAAAUCUAAAUCUGGAUGGCGUGUUUGAACCGUAGUCCUCCAGAAUGCGAGUCCAGAGUGCUAACCACAGCGCCACCUCACUCGGUUUCACGGGUUAUGGGAGUAACCAUUGGCUAGUACCUGUUGGAUGCACCCAGUGUAGCUUAGACAGUCAUUCAGCACCAGAUACAGAAUCAUUAUCAGCGGUAUGUUUCACUCGUAAAGGCUACGGGCAGUUAGCUAAGUAAUGCUGCAAGUUGAAAUGGUUAACGAAA